AUGCCUGUCCCGACGCGAGUGCGGUACGAGAAGAAUAUUUGGGUCGCCGCGGGCGACGGCGACCUCGAGCGUGUGAGGGUGAGAUGCAUGCUAAUGCGUGCAGCGCUAUCGGCCAAUAUCCCUGACGAGAACACGUAUACGCCGAUGCAUGCCGCUGCUUCUUACGGACAGCUCCAUGUUCUCGACUACCUUGUCUCCAAAGGAGGGGACGUAAACAUCACCGACAACGACGGCGAUACACCAUUGUACGUAGUCGAGAACAUCGAGACCGCGCGUUGGCUCGUCGAACACGGGGCUACUGUCGAGAGGCAGAAUAGCGAGGGUAUCUCGCCGGCGCAAUACCUAGAGGAAGACUUCCCCGAGGUCGCCGCAUACCUUCACAGCCUAACAGCUACCACGGACCCAGCGUCAGCGGCAUCAUCUCUCACACAACCAUCACAGCACGCCCAAAACCUUGCGUCAGAACAUCUCACGUCGUCGCUCAUCCAGUCCGUGCAGGACGUAAUGCAGCGUGCUGAAGCCGAGGGGAGAAAUCCCGACGAAGAGCUUCGGCAGGUCGUGGGGAGGACAGUGCUGGAAGGAGUGGUUACUGGGUACGGUAUGAGCACACUGGGUGGGCAGCGGAGGGAAAAUGCCGAGGAUGGUCCGACAGAGGGUCCGAAGCGAACACGCAUGGAUGACGGGAACAACGGACAAGGUUGACGGGGCCCAUACGAAGCGAUGUUUUGCGCUUGUGCAGUUGAAGUUGUAGCAGUAGUUGCACCUAUAUGUAGCUGAACACAGAUACGCAGAUUCUGAGGACGCCCUCACCAGCGAUUUCCUGAGCGC